UAAAAGAAAGAAAGGACAGGAGCGUCUGAAGCCGUUUCCAACUAAACGAGACACAAUUUUGUGCGAAAACCAGCAAGGCUUGGCUGGAGUAUGAAUACUACGGCGACGGCGUUCCUUUCGCCGUCAAUCUCAACCUUCGCCUUCGACAAUCAUUCUCCAUGCCUCUCACCUUUUAGUGGGAGACCGGUAAAAGAGAGAAGGAGGCUUGUUUUGCUUUCCUCUUUAACCGCAAAGCGUGCUCUUUUCGAUGGGUUAUCUAUUUGCCCUGCUUCGACCACUUCUGCUACUCUGUCCAUAGCGAAUAGAAAUACAAAAUGUCAGGCCGUCGGAGAAAGUUCAUCGUCUCAUUCCGAUUCAAAAGUAGUUUAUCAAGGCAUUUAUGGUUCGUGGGCGGUCGAAGACUCCGACGUCCGGGAGGUUAUCCUAUAUAGAUUAGGAUUGGUGAUGGCUGCUGUAUCAUUUGUUCUUGCAUCCUCGGCAGUUUUGCUUCCGGACAAUUCCUUAAUAAGGGAUUUUAUUGAGACAAACCUCGAUGUCCUUUACGUGCUUGGAGCAAGUGGAUUGGGUCUUUCUCUCUAUUUAAUUCACAUCUAUGUAACUCUUAUCAAAAGCAUACUCCAAGCAUUUUGGAUGUUAGGUGUUUUUGGAUCAUUGGCCACAUAUUAUCUGCUUGCGCAACCUGCCCACUGCAGUUUAGUACAGUAUAUUAUUGAAAAUCCAACAACUGUCUGGUUUGUGGGCCCUCUCUUUGCUGCACUAACCGGGCUUCUCUUCAAGGAAGGGCUAUGCUAUGGAAAGCUGGAAGCUGGAAUUCUCACAUUCAUCAUCCCAUUGGUCCUUCUAGGACACCUGUGCAUGUGUACAUGCAGACUGGGUUGAUGGAUGAUGGAGUAAAAGUCCCCUUAAUGAGUGUUUGGAUGACACUUUUUCUAGUGUUUGCAGGAAGAAAGUUUACGCAACCAAUAAAGGAUGAUAUAGGAGAUAAAUCUGUCUUCAGAUUCAAUGCACUACCAGAAGAAGAAAAGGCUGCAGUGAUUGAGAAACUUGGGUUGGAGAAGCAUCUAUAAGAACUCAAAGCAGUAGUUCCGCCUUAUCAUUUUAGGACUGUAAUUUGCGUUGUGUUUAUGAAUAUGAUGAUUUACCCAUUGUAGUUGAUGCAAUUGAGAAGAUAACGCAUAUUUGAUAGCAGUACAUGUUAUUAUACUCUAUUAGAAGCACUAUGACUUGUUGAAAUGGUUUGAGCAACCAAUUGAACAUAAGUACUUCUAUUUAAUAGAGUAUAUUGAAAAUAUAUGGAUUUUGACAUCAAUAAUAGUAUAAUACUAAAUAAAUGACUCCCAGUCACCCAAUGACAGUGACUUGUCACUGGUGACCAAAUGACACUUAAGUGUUGUAUAAUUUAUAUAAAUAAAGACUUAUGUUGAUUUUCA